AUGCUACAGAUUGUAGGACUUUUUCUCCUACUCUCCGGAAGCCAGGGGAUACCUCUAGACCAAUCAGGGCCUCUCUCCACCCUCGGUACUGGAUAUAAUAUCCUCUUCGGGAACCCAGAAGGGGAUCCCCGGACCGGUCAUAUCGACCCCGGGGUGAAGACUACACGUCACAUCUUCGACUUUACCUAUGAAGAACAAAAGGUGUCCGUUGAUGGGCAGUUAGUGCCAGAUCAGGUGGCCUUUUCACAGCGACAGAGCUGUGUAACAUCUUCGUCUACCACUAUAUUCCAAGGAACCCGAAGCUACCAAGACGAACUAAAACACUACGUCUCACAAUUAGGAUAUAGUGCUAUCAGUCAAUCCACGGAUGUUGGUCAUCACGUGUUCUUUGAUGACGUCACAGUCUGCAACCUCGGUCGGGCCAGAUACGUCGACGAGCUCGCUCUCGCAGACCGGUUUCCACUCUCGCGUGAUUUCGUGGCAGACGCAUGCGCUCUGCCCGCAACCUUUGACCCGGUUGAAUACAUGAGGUUCUUGGAUACUUGGGGAACUCACAUCGUAGCCCAGGUUGACAUCGGCAGCAGAACUGUAAGACGGUCACAGGCGGACUAUACUACACUGGUUCAGUUUGCAAGGAAACUUGACGAUACAAGUUACAGCUCCGAUGGCAAAUACGCAACCAUUGAUGUCGACAGUCUCAAGGAGCGUCUGAGCGAGGAGCCCGCCCUCUUCGAUGACCUCGUGGAAACCAUGACCCUUGGCAGUAGUUCCCACGCCGAACCCAUCGCGGUUGGAUUGAUGGGUAUCGAUGAGGUACUCAGUAUUGAUUAUUGGCAGCUGAUGGAUCGAUAUGUAUCGGAGGGUCUGUGCUCGGAGGGUGAUGAGGCACUAUUGGCAUCGAAGAAGGGUCACUUGAAGGAGGCGAUGUCGGCCUAUCCAAGCUGGCACAAUGCCGAGAUGUCAUCCGAUCCAGUGGUCCAGAGCGCCAUCACGUGGCCGAUCGGCACCUACAGUCUGCCCAUGACGGAUAGCCUAUCCGGAUGUCCCAACUCUGCCUUUUUCUGGACGACCGGCCGGAGGUUCCAGGACACGCAGGAUUUAUGGGCGAACAACCAAUGGUCCGAUCCGUGCCAUCUCCCCGGUCCGUACGCCCGGAACAACGUGCAGCAGAACUUCUGCAGUAAGAUGGACAACUUGGUGACGGAGAGUGACCUGGACUGGGACGAGGGGGAAUACUGUAUAUUCAAGAAGGGUAUCUGCCCAUCUGGUUUCGCCGAAGGAUGGAUCAAAUGGGACGACCAGGACGCCCUCAAUAGCAACGAGGCGAGCGGCGUGCUCCCUGACGGCGUGUACGAUCACAACACCCUGAUCUACUUCUGUUGUCGCGAGGACGGCGAUCCAACCGUUCCGAUACUCCUCCCUACAGCGGAUCCGUUCUACCUGUUUCGGAAAAACGGCAAGUGCCAAGCGGUGGAAGGCAUGACCUUGAUUGAGGAAUGGUUCCGGUGGGACGGGGAGGACGACUUCGUAGACUUCACCAAGUACAGCGACGGUUCCGUCCCGUUUAUGGAUAGCCGAGACGACGACCACAAGCUCUACUACUGCUACUAUUACUAG